AUGGCCAUUAAUCAUCCUCAUUUGUUGUUGUUGCAGAUCAUAAUCAGUUUGUUACUCUGGACAAUCAAUUUCAAAGCAUCAGAAGCUUCAUGUCCAACGAGUUGUGGUAAAGUCCAAAUAAACUAUCCCUUCGGAAUUGGAGCAGGCUGCUUCUUCAAUGAAUGGUUUGAAAUAACCUGCAACAGCUCUUCUACUCCCUCUGGACAACCUUUCUUGACGAAGAUGAAGCUGAAACUAGCAGAAGACACCGCUGCUAUGAGCUUCGGGAUAGGCGUCGAAAUGCCUGCAAUUUCUUUAAAAAACACCUCUACAGGUAUUAACCUUACAGACUCACCAUUUUUCUUUACAAGUAAGCACAAUAGCUUUAUUGCCACUGGUUGUAAAAAGUAUGCGAAGAUCGACAAAACUGAUGAGAGUGGUUCAACAACUGGUGGGUGUCUGACAAUUUCUGCUUGUGAUCCUCUAAAAGUAAACACAGAAGGUUGCUAUGAUUUCAUAUGCCCCGUUGCUUCAAAUACUACGUUUGAUUAUGGAAUCGUAUCAAAGCUUUAUUCAAAGAUCUCCCAGAAUUGCAAAUCUGCCUACAUUCUUGACCAAAAUUGGGUCAUGACAAAUUACGUAAACGACCGCACUGUUCUGAGAAAAACAGAAUAUCAGAAGGCCGCUCCUGCAAUACUGGAAUACGGAACAUGGCAAUGCAUUCAAAAUUCACCUCCGUGUGAACAUCCUGGAGUUUUUAAAACCAAAGUUCUGGCUUUUGAUCUUUUAUCUUGUGAAAGUGGCACUGGCAAUCCCCCCAAGAUUACAAGAGGUUAUGGACUGCGAUAUGGGUUACAGGUGCUUGGUGUUCUAAGUGUUCUUAAAGAAUAUUAA